AUGUCUGCCAUCACCGCCCUACAGGUGCCCGAGAUUCAAGCCCAGGCCCUACUUCUUGAUCCUGAUGAUCCUCAUGCUCGCGGACCCAUUCGCCUACUGCGCUUCGUGCAAGUCAUCGACUUCAGCGCGAUGGCAACCGUUGGCUCCAGCUUCGACAUCCGUUUCUGUGCAGGUCUCGCUGCCAUGCCCCAUCGCUCAGCAUCCCUCUUCCCUGCCCUCAGAGAGGUCUCAAUCUAUGCCCCGUCUCACGAAAUUGGAGCUGCCUUCACCGACUGCCCUGGUCUUGCUGUCAUGGUCUUGGCCUUCCGCCACGUCGCGAACAUCAAGGUUGGCUGGCUCAUCGUCGUGAGACCGAGGAUCGUCUGUUGGACCCACAUGAGCGUCAUUCAUGUGGAUGGCCUUAGACUUGAAGCAGUCUGCUCGCUCCUAUCUCUGCGACCCUCUUGGUGUAUCGAUGCCCUAUGCAUCGAUGCGCCGCUAGCGUCAUCUGGUACAGUCAUGGACCAGCUCCUCGUCAUCAUUGGCCAACGCUGCCCUAUGGUUCAACAUCUUCACAUCAUGGUAGAAGUGUUUGACAAUGGCAUGGCGUGGUCUCUGAUGCCUCCAACUCUCCGCACGCUUUUCUGUCUGGGACACAUGACCUGCCUUGCGCUCCACGCCCCGCUGUCCGCUCGCCUGAGUGACGCGGACUGGGAAGCAGCUGCCUGGGCAUGGCCGCAUAUGGAUCAACUGGCGGUCGUCGAUACUUGGGGGCAGCUGGGCGUGCAGGUCCCAUGCACGCUCGACGCUCUGCUCUACAUCGUCACACACUGCCCACGCAUAACAACCCUCAGACUUCCAGCGGUGGAUUGCCGGACCAUCCCCUCUCUUCAUCAGACUGCGGAGGCACUCUCGCGCUCUCCCUUGUCUCUCGGAUAUCCCCUCGAAGUGCUGGAUGUUGGAGAUGGUGUCCUUCUCAGCGCUCAGGAGUCGGGUGUGAGACACUAUGUCGCCGCUAGCGCAUCCACCCCGCUGAGACACCUCCCCGGUGCCUGGAACCCAAGCACGAUCCCUCCAAUAUGCUCUGUUCCCCUUUUGUCUCCGCCUUCGCUUUCGCCUCUGUCGUUCACCGCCCAGGAGAACCCUACUACCCAUACUGCUGAGCACUCCCCGGUCGACGCCGCAAGCAGAGCCCUCCCGUCUUCCUCGACUGGGCCGACUCUACCUCUAACGCUCAUCCGGGGCAGGCGGCGCAACUGGGGACUGAUAUGUCCGACCUCUCUUCGCGUUAAGAUUAAGCGCCAGGUGCACGAGCGGCAGCGGCUCACGCAGCGCAAGAUCUUCGUGGACCGGAUGCGCGCCCUCGAGCAGCAGCAGGCGCAUGAGCUGCUCAAGAUCCCCUUCGACGGCAGCGGCGGCGGCGCCCAGCCCGUUGCCGUCUCCGCGCCCACGACCUCGCCGCGUGUCAACGCGCAGCUGAACGGUGACGCCCGCGACCCCGGCCGCCUCUCCAUCGACGCCGAGUCGCUCCCCAAGGCCGUCGGCUCCGCCGCGGACAAGCGCAAGUCCGUCACGGGCAACCGCUUCGAGGAUCAAGGCGACCGCUACGCGAGCACGUACAAUGCGGGGAUGAUACUCGACGAGCAGCUGGAUCAGGAGAUUCACAACGCGAUGCGGCACUUGCCCACGUCGGAUGACGACAAGUAUAAUGCGUACAACAAGCAACAGGCCUCUGCAGCCCUCGACCUGGUCCACCGCGGCGAAUCCCUCUCCGCCCGUGACAAGCCGUCCGAAUGGCCGUCUUUCCCCAGGUGUAACAGCCCCUCGCGCCCCGACCACCGCGCGUCUGCCAACCUGAACCUCUCCUCGUCCCCGAGCGACCUUGCCGCGAUAAGCAAGCUCGCCGGUUUCGUGUCCGCCACGAACACGCCGCUCCUCGCGCAGCACCAGCCGUCCGCCGCCGUCAGCCUCAGCUCGCGCCGCGCCUCGCCCCUGAGCCUCCUGGACGGCCUCGGCAGACUCGAGGGCCUUGGCGGCACGAUGUGCUCGGUGCCGACUACGCCGCUCGGCGUGUCGAGCUCGGCAGCGCACCUGAGCAAGACCACGGGAACGCCGCUCACGGAUGCGCAGACGAUCAGCCUGCUCGCUUCAGCUGCAUCGAACGACUUGAACCUGUUGCCAAGCGACCUCCAGGCUUCCCUGUCGCGCGUCAACCCCGGCCAUUAG